GCGGAGAAACUGGGCCGAGCAGAGCCGGGUACAGACAGCGAAGAGAAAGGGAAGGACGAACGACAUAUUCCCCUGACUGCACAUUGCGCUUGACUGUUGGGGUUGCUCUCGUUUGCUUCUCAAAUUUUUUCACCGUCUUCUCUUUUUUUAAAUUUAUUUUUCGAUUGAUUCCCUCCUUUCUCACUACAAUCGGGAGGACUUUUUUCUGGGGGGAUUCCCCCCUUCCUUCUCCCUCAGAUCUCUCUGGAUUUUGGAAACCAGCCGAGGGGGAGAGAGAGAAAGAGCAAAGAGUGAGAGGGAAAGAGAGGAAAGUAAGUGACCUCGGGUUUUUUUUUAGGGAACGGACCGCAGAAAGAGGACUGAGCCCUGCCCCCCCAGCUUUGAGACCCGGGGACCCAGCGGCUCCGGGGCUGACACUUCCUCCGCACCACCGCCAGCAACCCCGCCAAACACCGACAAGAGGGGGGACCCUCCUCGCACGCACACUUUCCUUUCUCCCCGGCUUCUGACGGCGGCGGGCUCGGUUGCAAGAGAGCCGGAGCAGAACCCCGGUCAGCGGCUAGGGGCGGGGUGGAGGGUGCAGGGGUACGAGACUAUGCACUGAAACUUUUUGUCCAACUUUUGGGCUGUUCUCGCUCCGGAGGAGCCGUGGUCCGCGCCGGGAGCGCCGAGCCGUGCGGAGCGGAGAGCAGUGCUCGCUCGGGCCCGGAUCAGCAGCAGCAGCGGCGGCAGCUGAGGCGGCGACAAGAGGAGGAAGAAGAAAAAGAAGAAAACGAAGAGGUGCGGGGGCCGCGGGAGCGGCAGAGGCUCGGCUCUAGAGAGCCGGGCUCAUGGACGGGUGAAGCCUUAGAGAGUACCGUGAGCGCCCAGCCCGCUAGCGCGCCCCAGGCCCUGGCCCGGGCCUUGGCCCCGGGGGAAAAAGGAGACAGCGAAGAAGGCGCCGGGGGGACAAGGCCACCGACGCCGCCGCAGCAGAAGAGCGAGAGAAGGAGGAGAGGGAGUGAGAGCCUCACCGGCCCCGACCGGGCCUCCGAAACCAUGAACUUUAUGCUCACUUGGGUACAUUGGUGCUUAGCCCUGCUGCUCUAUCUCCAUCAUGCUAAGUGGUCACAGGCAGCACCUACCCCAGAAGAAGGAGAACGGAAAUCCACCGAGGUGGUGAAGUUUCUGGAUGUCUAUCAACGCAGCUACUGCCGGGCCAUCGAGACCCUGGUGGACAUCUUCCAAGAAUACCCAGAUGAGGUGGAAUUCAUCUUCAAGCCGUCUUGUGUACCUCUGAUGAGGUGUGCUGGCUGUUGCAAUGAUGAGGGGCUGGAGUGUGUUCCCUAUGAGGUGCACAAUGUCACCAUGCAGAUCAUGAGGAUUAAGCCUCACCAGGGCCAGCACAUUGGGGAGAUGAGCUUCUUACAGCACAGUAAAUGUGAAUGCAGACCAAAGAAAGAUGUCAAAGGAAAACAAGAGAAAAAAUCAAAUCGAGGAAAGGGGAAGGGGCAAAAGCGCAAGCGAAAGAAAUCCCGGUAUAAAUCCUGGAUCGUUCCCUGUGGGCCUUGCUCAGAGCGGAGAAAGCAUUUGUUUGUACAAGAUCCGCAGACGUGUAAAUGCUCCUGCAAAAACACAGACUCGAGGUGCAAGGCGAGGCAGCUUGAGUUAAACGAACGAACUUGCAGAUGUGACAAGCCAAGGCGGUGAGCCCCCUUCGGCAUUUCCAGAGCCAGACCUCUCAGACCUGGAAAAGAAAGAAUCAGAAUAAUUAAGAGAAACCAUAAGCCACCACCACCGCCACCACCGUCACCAACACUGACAACCCAAUGAUGAUGAAACUAACACUAAUCCAAAAGAAACCUUACAUGAAGGAUGAAGAGAGGCGCAUAGCACUUUGAGUCCGGAAGGUGUGACUCCAGCAGAAGCAUUCCCGGGCAAGAGACCGAGCAGGGGUCCCUCUUCCAGUUGGAUUGCAAUUCUGUUUUUCAUGCUGCUAAAUCAUGGAGCCAGGAAGAUUAGAGGGUUUUAUUUCUGGGAUUCCUAUAGACACACCCACACGCGUACAUGCAUUCAUAUAUAUAUACAUAUAUAAAAAUAAAUAUAUAUAUUUUAUAUACGCAUAUAAAAUAUAUAUAUUCUUUUUUAAAAUAAUUAACAUUGCUAACGUUAUUGGUGUCUUCACUGGAUGUAUUUGACUGCUGUGGACUUGACUGGGGAAAAAAAAUACCCACACAGAAUCCAGCUGGGGAAAGAUGGGAGCAGUGAUAUUGGCACGGCCACCUUCUUUUGGGGGAGGCCAGAGCUAUCUAUCUGUGCCUUCCACUCUGUCCCUCCCUGGCCUGCCUUGUCCUGCUGGCCCCAGGAAGAAUGACUGAACGAGAGGUCCAGCACCUGGAGGUUGAAUUUGAUGCCUGGCUCUGGGUUUUGAGGGCGUGUUGACACAUACCCAGCUGUGGCCCCCAUAUUUUACUCCUCUAUCGGAUUGCACCUUGGACCUGUCCCCUAGGUUGUUGUUGUUGUGGUUUUUUUUUGUUUUUUGUUUUGGGGUUGUUUUUUUAUUUUGGUCAAGUUGGGGGAGAGGGUUGGGAGAUGGAAGACAGGAAAGAAGCAGCAUGGUUAGGAGGAAUGGGGACCAGAGAAUGCUACAGUGCUGGGGUGCUCUCCAAACCCCCCUGAUAACAAGAUAUCUUAUCCCCUGGGUCUAAAUUGCCUGGGUGCCCUUCACACCACAGUGGAACAUUUCUGGAGAGGGAUAUUAUGAUGAGGUGGAGAUAGGGGGUGGUGCGUUUUAUGUGAUAAUACAUCCCUCUCCCCCAAUGCAAUCCCCUUCCCCAAACCUUUUCCCAAGGAGGAGAAGCUAUUCCCCUCUGUCUUCCUCUUGCUCACUGAGGCAGGCUCCAGAAGGCAGAGAUAAACCCUCAAGACUACUAAACCACUAGGAAGCUUCCCCCAGAGUGUUUGAGUUGGCUUGUCUGAAGGUAGGCAGGCACCAAGGGUGAAGGGUGAAGGGCGAAUGGGUGGCUGUGGGUGUGGGAGUGCUUCCCUGACCCUGGACCCUGACCUUGCCUCCCACUCCACAGUGGAUAGAGACAGAGCAGGAUCCAUAUGCCUGGUAUGGAGGCAGAGAAAAGAAAAGUGUUUUAUAUUACUUAUUUAAUAUCCCUUUUUAAUUAGAAAUUAAAACAGUUAAUUUAAUUAAAAGAGUAGGGCUUUUCAGUAUUCUCGGUUAAUAUUUAAUUUCAACUAUUUAUAAAUAUACCUCUUUCUCUCUUUCUCUCUUACUCUUUUUUCUUCUAUUUGUAUUUUUUUUGGGGGGGAAUAAAGUUCAUGUUUCCAGUAUCUCCCCACCUUGACUGGGGCGGGGGGACCAUUGGCGAUGGUCAGUAGCAUGCCCCGAACAGAUAUUUAAUUUUUCUAACACUUGCCCCUCCCCAUUUUCCCUGCUCCCCCCACACAUUCCUGUUGAAAUAAGGUUUCAAUAUACAUCUACAUACUAUAUAUAUAUUUGGCUACUUGUGUUUGUAUAUAUAUAUAUAUAUAUAUAUAUGUUUAUGUAUAUAUGUGAUUUGGAUGAAAUAGACUUCGCCAUUCUGUUUUUUUUUAUAUGUAAAAAACAAAAUAAGAAAAAAAUAGAAAAUUCUACAUACUAAAUUUCUCUCUUUUUUAAUUUUAAUAUUUGUUAUCAUUUAUUUAUUGGUGCUACUGUUUAUCCGUAAUAAUUGUGGGGAAAAAAAGAUAUUAACAUCACAUCUUUGUCUCUAGUGCAGUUUCUUGAGAUAUUCCGUAGUACAUAUUUAUUUUUAAACGACGGCAGCAACAACAAAAAUACAGCUAUAUCUUAA